CGUCGCCUCUUGCUCCCGCUUCCGGGGCCCGCUCUGAAGUGGGGAGCGGAACGCGCCGGGAGAGGCGCUGGGCUACCGCGGGGAGGGCAGGAUCCUGCUGCACGGAGCCAGCCAUGGCGGAGCACGGGGCCCAUCUCACCGCUGCUUCAGCCAGCGAUGACAGGCCUUCCAUCUUUGAAGUGGUGGCCCAGGACAGCUUGAUGUCAGCAGUGAGACCUGCACUUCAGCAUGUGGUCAAGGUGCUUGCUGAAUCCAACCCUGGCCGCUAUGGCUUCCUCUGGCAUUGGUUUGAUGAGAUCUACACCCUCCUGGAUCUGUUGCUCCAGCAGCAUUUUCUGUCCAGGUGUAGUGCCUCUUUUUCAGAAAACUUCUAUGGCCUAAAGAGGAUAGCGGUGGGAGACAACAAGGGGCUGCAUCAGCUGGCCAGUGCUGGGCUGCCAAAGAAGCAACACUGGAAGUCUCUGCUCUUGUUGGUUCUCAUUCCUUAUCUGAAAACAAAGUUGGAGAAACUGGUUUCUAGUCUGAGGGAAGAGGACGAAUAUUCCAUCCAUCCUCCAUCAUCCUCCUGGAAGCGCUUUUACAGGGCCUUUUUAGCAGCCUAUCCCUUUGUAAACAUGGCCUGGGAGGGUUGGUUUCUCAGCCAGCAGCUGUGCUAUAUCCUUGGUAAGGCUCAGAAUCAUUCCCCACUGCUGGGCCUGGCUGGUGUACGCCUGGUUAGACUGACAGCAGAGGACAUCCAGGCGUUGGAGCAGAAACUAGCAGUAGGUACUGCAAGCCAGCAGCCAGCUCACAGCAUUAAGGAGCAAGUGCAAUCAGCAGUGAAAAAAGCAUUGGGAGGAGUUGCCUUAUCCCUCUCCACCGGCCUCUCCGUGGGCGUGUUCUUCCUGCAGUUUCUGGACUGGUGGUACUCAUCUGAGAACCAGGAGACCAUCAAAUCAUUGACUGCGUUGCCUACUCCUCCGCCACCCGUACACCUGGACUACAGCACGGGCUCACCUCUCUUACCAAAACUGAAGACAGUGUGCCCCUUGUGCCGCAAAAUCCGAGCCAACGACACAGUCCUCUCUACAUCUGGCUUUGUGUUUUGUUAUCGCUGUGUCUACACUUACGUAAAGAGUCACCAAAGGUGCCCCAUCACCGGCUAUGCUACAGAGCUGCAGCACCUUGUUAAGCUGUACUCCCCUGAAAGUUGAAGGGAGUGCAUGGCACUGACUCUUACAAAGCAGAUCCAUAAUUGGUUCAGGCACUGUAUACUCUAGGUUUUUGUACUGGAACACAACUUUUGUGCCAGCCGGACUGUGUAUAACACAUUACUAGGGCAGCAAAAGGUACAAUGACCAUUUAUUAGCAGAGUAAUCAGGCUCUAAGGCACAUUUGGACACUAGGUUCAGCAGUAGCACUAGGGUUUUUGCUGCCUUAAAUGCUGCUCUAUCCAAUUCUGAGAUGCUAGGGCUAGGCUGAGACUCUCAACCAGAAGGCUCUGGUGCUGAACACUUUCAAAGGCAGAUACAGCCCUAAAUAAACCACUACUCAGUUCCA